UUGAGAAGGAGUUGGCCAGGCUUAAGAGUGAACAUGAAAGGGAGUUGGCCAAGCUUAGGACUGAAAAUGACAAGCUUUGCAUUGAGUACACCAAGCUUGUUGAUGAUGUAUCCAAGAUGUUUGAUUGGCAGGAUGGUAGGGUGGACAAGAAGGUGUACCAGAAACAAGUGGAGGAGGAAGAACUUGAGAAUAAGAAGAAGGAGCUAGAGGAGAAAGCUAUGUUGGAGGUGCAGAUGGAAAAGCUCAAACUUGCAAAAGAGCAGAGGUGCAUUUUGCAGAGCCAAGCUGAUAUCAUCAAGAACACCAGGAAGGCUAUGAAGG